AUGACGAGUAGGUCAUACGAUCACGUGUGGGACUUUUCCUUCCGCCGUAAAUGCAGCUACGAGGACCUGCAUCAGCUUUCGUGCAUCAGGCUGAGCGGGGAAAGGGACUGGAUCGAUGACCAAGACUUCCCCCUUCCCCACAAUAUUAUAUUCGGCCUCUCUGGGACGAGACUCAAGGACGAGCUCGAGAGGAAUCCAAAAGCUUCCAAGAUGAAAGAUGCCCAGGGACGCACCGCGCUGGAUUGGGCCACCGCUCGAGGUCAACUGGAUGAUAUGAGGAUUCUGAUCAGCCAUGGUUCCGAAGUAAACUCAAUGGAUGCUGCUGGACGUACGACGGUUCUACAUGCAGUGGACAGCCACAACAUGGAGGCCCUCGAGAUUCUCCUCGAAGCUGGUGCGAAUCCUAACCCGCAGAUGCCAGGUCGUCUGGCUCGAAGCAGCCCACUUACGUCGGCCAGCUUUGGCGGCCUGGCGGCCAUGGUGAAGCUUCUUCUUGAUUACGGUGCCGAGGUCAACACGUGUAAUCCCGAAGGUCGCUCACCGCUCACCACUGCGAUGCUCAAACAUAAUCACGUGGUGUUCAAAGCCCUCGCCGACUGGAACACCAACAUGGCGACUGGCCACGUGCAGCCUCCGCUCCUUUCAGAAAUAGCUAAGCACGCGGAUGUUGACACGAUGUCCAUUGUCGCAUCAUCAUCUCUAUCUCAGUAUCUCGACGUUGACGACCUGACCGCCAGUCGUGAGGCUUUGUGCCGGCGAGAAGACUACGACACAUCGCUGUUGGACGCGUUCCAGUCCAUGCUCCCCAAUACGUAG